AGCUUGAGUAGAUCUCUGGCAGCAUCAGAGAGAGAGAGAUACCAUGACUGUGGUGUGCUGGAGCUCGCGUUUGCUUCUGCUUCUUCCGUACCUUCUGUUGUGUGUGUUCGGUCCCUCUGCAUCCCACGCUGGGAGGCUGUUAGUGUUCCCUAUGGAUGGAAGCCACUGGCUGAGUAUGCUUGGAGUUAUUCAGCAGCUCCAGCAGAAGGGGCACGAAGUUGUGGUCAUAGCACCUGAAGCCUCAAUACACAUAAAAGAAGGAUCAUUUUACACUCUGAGGAAGUUCCCUGUGCCAUUCCAGAAGGAAAAUGUGACAGCUACUUUGGUGGAACUUGGACGGACUGCCUUUAAUCAAGAUUCUUUUCUGCUGCGCGUGGUCAAAAUAUAUAUGAAAGUCAAAAGGGAUUCCAGUAUGCUCCUAGCUGGCUGCUCCCACCUGCUGCACAAUGCCGAGUUUAUGGCCUCUCUGGAAGAAAGUCACUUUGAUGCUCUGCUGACAGACCCUUUCCUUCCCUGUGGCUCCAUUGUGGCCCAGUACCUGACUGUGCCCACUGUGUACUUCUUGAAUAAAUUGCCAUGCAGCCUGGAUUCAGAAGCUACCCAAUGCCCCGUCCCAUUGUCCUACGUGCCCAAGAGUUUGUCUUUCAACUCAGACCGCAUGAACUUCCUACAGCGAGUGAAGAACGUGCUCCUGGCCGUGUCAGAGAACUUUAUGUGCAGAGUGGUUUAUUCCCCCUAUGGGUCACUUGCCACUGAAAUCUUACAGAAAGAAGUGACUGUCCAGGAUCUUCUGAGCCCUGCAUCUAUCUGGCUGAUGAGAAGUGACUUUGUGAAAGAUUACCCCAGGCCCAUCAUGCCCAACAUGGUUUUUAUUGGUGGUAUAAAUUGCCUUCAGAAAAAGCCCCUAUCCCAGGAAUUUGAAGCCUAUGUCAACGCCUCUGGGGAGCAUGGCAUCGUUGUUUUCUCUUUGGGAUCCAUGGUCUCAGAGAUUCCGGAGAAGAAAGCCAUGGAAAUUGCUGAGGCUUUGGGCAGAAUUCCUCAGACGGUCCUGUGGCGCUACACCGGAACUAGACCAUCGAAUCUUGCAAAGAACACAAUUCUUGUCAAAUGGCUACCCCAAAAUGAUCUGCUUGGUCAUCCAAAGACUCGGGCAUUCAUCACACACUCUGGCUCCCAUGGUAUUUAUGAAGGAAUAUGCAAUGGAGUUCCGAUGGUGAUGAUGCCCCUAUUUGGCGAUCAGAUGGACAAUGCCAAGCGCAUGGAAACUCGGGGAGCUGGGGUGACCCUGAAUGUCCUUGAAAUGACUGCUGAUGAUUUGGAAAAUGCCCUUAAAACUGUCAUCAACAACAAGAGCUACAAGGAGAACAUCAUGCGCCUCUCCAGCCUUCACAAGGACCGUCCUAUAGAGCCUCUGGACCUGGCUGUGUUCUGGGUGGAAUACGUGAUGAGGCACAAGGGGGCACCACACCUGCGCCCGGCCGCCCAUGACCUCACCUGGUAUCAGUACCACUCCUUGGAUGUGAUUGGCUUCCUCCUGGCCAUUGUGUUGACAGUGGUCUUCAUUGUCUUUAAAUGUUGUGCCUAUGGCUGCCGGAAAUGCUUUGGGGGAAAGGGGCGAGUGAAGAAAUCACACAAAUCCAAGACCCAUUGAGAAGUGGGGGGAAGUGAAGGAGAAGUAUUAGUUCAUUAUCUGAUCAGUUGAAACUUGGAAACAAGUGUUAAAUCCAUAUUGUUUUUGUUAGGGAAAUAAUUCACCAUACAUUAUACAUUCAGCACAUUUAAAAAUAAUAAUAAUAACAAUCUAAUUGCUGGCCACACCCAUCAGGGAAGGUUCUAGUAUAUGUGAUGUGCUUUUCCAGUAUCUUCAGUCUAGACAACUCUUGCCAUCUGUUGGUAAUUUACAGAAAGUCUGGCACUCUGCUUUCAGUGACAGCCCCACAGUUUCCCCUGCUCCCGCCAGCUGACGGCUUUCUCCCCUGGAUUCUCAGACUGCCGUGGCCUUCUCCAGUGUUAGUCAUUCUUCAUUGUGUUCAUGCAUUAUGGGUGGCAAGACCUUUGGAGCUUUGGGAGAAGAGAUGAGGCUGUGACACUGAUGGCCCUGUGUUUGAGAUAAUAAUUGUUGCUUGUGCCGGAAUUUGAUGAAAACCAAAGUAUGUUCUAAGGCAAGUACAUCUUCUAUUGUGUUCCCAAACCAAGAACUUAUCAAUAAAUUCAUAUAAAUUGUAUCACUACUCUUCUUUUCAUUGGUGUUAUAUUUAUUUGUUGUCAAAGUAUAUCCUCUAAUUGUAAAAGCACUACAUGAUCAUGAUGCAGAACUUGAAAACUAGAACAGAUUCACACAGGUAUACAUACACACAAGAAAGGAACCAGCUGUAAUUACAGUGCUCAUGAAUAACCAUGGCUGCUGCCUAGUUUGAUUCUGAGUCUUCCAAAGGUGCAUUGGCUGAUGGCUUGCAGCCUUGCUGAUGCUCAGCCUGUGAUAUCACUGGGAAGUUGUGCAACCAUUAAGUGGCAGUCUAGUGUGAGAAAGCUAGGUCUCUGGAGGUGUUCCUUUGAAGGAGAUACAGGGAUAGAGGUACCUUCUCUUUCUUUGUUCCCAUACUAUCCUGAAACAAGAAGGUUCCCGGACAGUCUCUUUGAGUAUUCUCUUAUCUUACACAGGUCCCAAAGCAACAUAACCACAUGAUCAGGGAUGAAAAGUCUAUAGCUAGCCCAAAAUAAACCUUUGCUCAUGAGUUGCUACAUCUCAGGUAUUUGUUACAGUAACAUAAAGUUUAUUAACAUACCUAUUGUUUUGACAAAUACACAUAAAACAUUACAGACAUUCUGUAUUAGUCAGUUUUGCAUCAGCAUAAUGAAAUAACCAAAGCAAGUAAGUUAAAAGAGAGAAGGGCUGUUUAACUUAGAGGUUAUCUUGCUUUGGCUCAGUUCUGUGAGGGUAACAGAAGGUGGCAUAUCAAACAGGAGCAUGUACAUGAACAAACCAUGAAUUAUAUCUUGAGGCAGGAACAGGGAGCUAGAGUCUGGGCUGUCACAAUCCUCUUUGAGGAAGAUCUUUAAUGACCUAUGGGCAUUUUAAUAGGCCCUACCUGAAAAAAAAAGUUUUCCCUGCUUCUCAAUAGCACACACUGAAGACCAAGCUUUUAUCACAUGGCUCUUUGGGGGCAUUUCAGAUUCAAGCUAUAUAUUCUGACCAAAAGUUCCAAAAGUUCAUGUCCAUUUCGCAAUU